AUUUUAUCUACAGGUAUCGUAAAUAUAAAAAUACAAGAAUUCAAAAUCCUGCCAUCAAAUGUCUGGAUGUAAGGACUUGUCAAGAUGAAUCCUGGGAAUUCCAAAUUAUCAGAACAAUCUCUGGGAUUGAAAACAAAACCACAUCAGCAACCUAACUUGGAUGGAUUCGUGUUUACAAAGCGCUUGGGAAGCGGAACAUAUGCGAAUGUAUAUAAAGCCUAUAAAAAAAGCAGUGAUCAGCGAGAAGUCCAUGCAAUAAAAUGUAUCAAAAAAUCAAGUCUAAACCGAGCAUCGAUGGAAAAUUUACUUGUCGAAAUUGAGAUAUUGAAGCAAAUCGAUCAUCCUCAUAUUGUUAAAAUGCUCGACUUCCAGUGGGAUUCAAAUUACAUCUAUAUUAUCAUGGAAUAUUGUUCUGGAGGAGAUUUAUCUAGAUUUAUUUCAACAAGAAGAAUGUUACCUGAAUUUUUUGUGAAAAGAUUUUUGCAACAAAUUGCUUCUGCACUUCAACUACUUCAUAAUCACAACAUAUCUCACAUGGAUUUGAAGCCACAAAAUAUUCUAUUGACCUCUGAGGAACAACCUGUUUUAAAAGUCGCUGAUUUUGGAUUUGCUCAAUAUCUUGAAUCAUCAGUAGUUGACACGUUGAAAGGUUCUCCAUUGUAUAUGGCUCCGGAGAUUAUAACACAGAGGCGAUACAAUGCAAAGGUUGAUCUAUGGUCGAUAGGUGUGAUUCUUUAUGAAUGUUUAUAUGGAAGAGCACCAUUUGCUUCCAAUACAUUUGUUGAACUUGAAAAUAAAAUCAAAAGCGAUAAACCAAUUGAGUUGCCAAGUUACCCAAGAACAUCAGAUGAAUGUAGUGCUUUAUUGUACGGUCUGCUUCAACGUGAUCCAGAUGAUCGAAUAAGUUUUGAUGAAUUUUUUCUUCAUCCUUUCGUUGAUCUUGAACACAAACCAUCACCUGAAUGUCUGACGAAAGCAACAUCCGUUGUAACUAAAGCUGUUGAAAGAGAUAAAGAAGGUAAAAAAGAAGAAGCUGCAAAACUUUAUGGUGAUGCCAUCGAAUAUUUUGUACCUGCAAUAUAUUAUGAGACAGAUAAAAGAAAAAAAGAAGUUCUUCGUCAAAAGGUCAAAGAAUACAUGACAAGAGCUGAAAUAUUAUCACAAGUUUCCAAUCAUAAUGAUUCUUGCAAGGAGCAAAGUAAACUUGUGCAAUAUGCUCAAAGCAAACCAGAAGUGAUGGAAGCGUUACAAAUGUUUCGCCUUGCACAGAAUAAGGCAGGGCAAGAUAAUUUGCAAGAAGCAAUGGAUUUAUAUGAAAAAGCAUUAGAAGCUUUAAUAUCAUUAUCCAAAGUUGAGAAAGACACACAAUUGAAAAAAUCAUUACAUGAUGAAAUAGAAAUUUAUUUAAAAAGAGCAGAGGAUGUCAGGGAAAAGUUGAGGAACUCAAAAGAUGAGAAAGAAAAACCAGCAUCUUCACAACAUCGUAAACCACGGUUUCAAGUUAUAAUGGAGGAAGAUGAUCAUAAUACAAAAAAAUGCGUUGUGCAGUAGUACAUGUAACAGCAACAUAAAUCGCCUUCACUGUGUCAAAGGAGCCGCCAUCACUCGUUAAUUCUCAUCACUCUUAUUAAAGCAAAUUUAAAUAUAAUAUAUAUCUAUGUCUUUAUCGUAUUUUUUGUUCUAUUUGUGCAGAUAAUUUUAUCCGAUUCAUGCCUAAUUCAAUACUAAUUUUAUGUUGUGAUAUAUCAUAGUAUUAUUUUAUCUUAAGAAUCUUUUUACCAUGCCAUGAAAAGGAAUUUCAAUGGUUUUGUUUAAGAACUUGCAUUUGUUUAAAAAGUCCAAAUUCCUCUGAGCCUAAUUUAUGCAUUGUUUUAUGUUUCACUUUUAUUGAUCGAUUUUAUUGAAUUUUUGAUAUUUGAUACAUUUAGUCAGUGUUGGUGUUAUUUUUAAUCGCAGCGAGGUUCAACCAUUGGACAACGUUCUUUGUCAUCUUCGUUGCCAUUUUGUUCGGUGUUGUGUUAAAAUUAGAAGAUAUCUGGAUGAUGAUCUCUACUAGAUGAUAUUAUUAUCCAAACUGGACUGAUAACAUCAACCAAUUCAGACACAUGCAGUAUUUGAAUAUAUUUUUGUGCAAUUUUGAUCUUUUUAUCUAUUGUUGUGCGCUUAAUGGUAAUAAGAUCGUCUGUUUUGCUUUU